UCCUCUCUGGAACUCUCUUGUUUCCUGGUUCCAGAGAUAACCCAAAAUCGUGUUUUCUUUGAAACGCACCAACAAAGGAAAAGAAAGAAAGAAAGAAAAACAAAAAAAGGCAAGAAAGAAAAAUGGCAAUAUUUUUUGCCUUUUUGUGAUGUUUCAUGUUUCUUUUCCCUGCAGUGCCAUUCUAACCCUUCAAAGACCUCGUUCUUUUUCUUCCAUCAAGAACCAAUUUUUCCAUCGACCCAAAAACCAAAACCCUCUCUUUCUUCUUCCCCUCCUCCGCAAAUGCUUCCCCUCCGCUUAAGCGCCGUCGUUUUGCCCCUCAUUGUGUGCUGUCUCUUUCUGCCCUUCUGUCUUGGUAUUCGGUCUUUUCCGACCACCGUCGCCGCCGUCGGCGGCGACGCCCUUUUCCAGUUCUCGGAGGCGCCGGAGUAUCGCAACGGAGCGGGUUGCCCUGUAUCCGGAAACAGUGACUCGAUAUUGUCAUGUGACCCUUCUCUGGUUCACAUAGCCAUGACCCUUGAUUCCGGUUACCUGAGAGGCACCAUCGCCGCCGUGCACUCCGUCCUCCGCCACUCGACGUGCCCGGAAAACGUGUUCUUUCAUUUCAUAGCGGCGGAGUUCGACCCGGCGAGUCCCCGGGUCCUGAUCCAAUUAGUCCGAUCGACGUUCCCUUCACUGAACUUCAAGGUUCACAUUUUCAGGGAAGACACGGUGAUCAACUUGAUCUCCUCUUCGGUUCGUUCGGCACUGGAAAACCCGUUGAACUACGCAAGGAACUACCUCGGUGACAUGCUGGAUCGGUGCGUGGACCGAGUCAUAUACCUUGACUCGGACGUUGUUGUUGUUGAUGACGUUCGCAAGCUCUGGAGCGUGAAACUCACCGAGUCACGAGUUAUCGGCGCACCGGAGUAUUGCCACGCAAACUUCACAAAGUACUUCACUGAUGAGUUUUGGCAGGACCCUCUGUUGUCACGUGUGUUUGGUUCUAGAAAGCCUUGUUAUUUCAACACUGGGGUGAUGAUAAUGGAUUUGGUGAGGUGGAGGGAAGGGAACUAUAGGAAGAGGAUUGAGAAUUGGAUGGAGUUGCAAAAGAAGAAGAGGAUUUACGAGCUGGGUUCUCUACCUCCUUUCUUGCUUGUGUUUGGUGGGAAUGUUGAGGCCAUUGAUCAUAGGUGGAACCAACAUGGUCUUGGUGGGGAUAACUUGAAUGGGGUUUGUAGGUCUUUGCAUCCUGGCCCUGUUAGCUUGUUGCAUUGGAGUGGGAAAGGGAAACCUUGGGUUAGGCUUGAUGCUAAGCAACCUUGUCCCUUGGAUCGUCUUUGGGAGCCUUAUGAUUUGUUUAAGCCAAGGCACUUUCAGAACAGGGCGAGGGAACAACCUUGGAGCUUCUCUUCUUCUAUAUUAGUUGGAUAUGCUCAUGAUUUGUUAUGAUGAUUCUUUGGUGGUACAUUUGUUGUUCAGAGAUUCUUUGGUAGAGCAGUGUACAGAUUUGUUUGGGGGAAGGGGGGCGUUUGUUCAUUCUUUCUGUAGAAUUUUUUUUUUUUUUUUUUUAAUCCAUUUCAAUUCUUGUGCUUUACAUAUGAAAUUUCAAUUCUUUAUCUGCUGGGGGGUUCCAUCUCUUGGAACAAUUUUGGUGGGUUUGGUUCAGUUGUUCGUAUGGGACCAUUGAUUGUAUGUGCCAAACAUAGUGCAGAAUAACAGACAGUUGUUCUUUGUUUUAUUAGCAUUGAGUUCCUGUCAUCUUUUGUUUGCUUUUCUACCUACUAGCCAUUUGAAUGAUGAAUGUGUUGGCUCGUUUUUUUUUUUUUUUUUUUGUGCCUUUCUAAUUUCUACUGGAAAAAAGAGAGAGUAUAGAUUGCUAUCUGCAAAUGAUAGCUUAAGGGUGCUUGUGAUGACACACUGCUACUUAUCAAGUUAUGAUUGAGAUUUGAUCAUAGAUUCACCAUGAUUUAAGGCUAGGUAAAAAAAGUGGAAAAAGAGCUAUAAAGUAGUAUACAGUGCGAUCUGCAAAUGUUAAUAACUUG